AUGAGAAGUGCCUUAGUGAUCAUCGCGUUGGUUGGCGUUUGUUUGGCGUCGCACCAUUCAGCGGAUCCAUCAAAGGAUUCGGAACACAUCAAGGGAAAAGAGCACGAUGCGAAAUAUGAUCAUGAUCAAUUUUUGGGCAAGGAUACUGCGGCCGAGUUUGACGAAUUGACACCAGAGAAAUCCAAGGAGAAAUUAGCGUGAGUUGAAGAUCUUGUAAAGGUUUUGAGAUCUUGCGGUUCAAAAAGAAGUACCGCAUUAUCAGAUCAUUGAACACUCAAUUCGAUCAGAUAGAUUUUGUAUACAGUAGAAUCGUGAGGCCAAGUGAUUCAAAUGAAUCAGUACAGUUUUCUGAGCUUCAGAUUUUUACUCACACAAAACGUUUAAAAUUUUCUUGAUCAAAUAGUUUUUUUUUGCAGUUUAGGUACUGUAUUUCAGGUUAUGAUUAAUUUUCAAACAGUAACCAGAACUCACAGAUUUUUUGAGCCUGGCUCAGAGUUUCCUAAUUUUCUAAUAAAAUCUGGUUAUGCAUCCAGAACAGUAAAUCGAUUCUGAAUUCUUUUUAGAUCAACUCAAAAAACUUUCCCCCGAUUUCCUUUCUAACUCUCAUAAAUCCAAUAUUUUCCAGUAAACUCGUUCCAAAAAUGGACUCGAACACUGACGGAUUUGUUGAAGAAAACGAGUUGAAAGAUCACAUCAACUUUAUGCAAAAACGUUACGUCAACAACGAUGUUGAGAGAACCUGGAAGAACUACAAAGCGGAAAAGAUUGUCGAUGGCAAAAUCAAAUGGGCCGAUUACCGCGAAAUGGUCUACGGAUCAGCCGACGGUGCUGGACAAGAAAUCUCACCAGAAUACAAGAAAAUGAUUGCUAGAGAUGAGAAACGUUGGGCUGUCGCUGAUUACGAUUCGAAUGGCGCUUUGGAUCGAACUGAAUAUGGAUGUUUCAUGCAUCCAGAAGAUUGCGAUCAUAUGAGAGACAUCGUUGUCGCUGAAACCGUUGAUGAUAUCGACAAGAACAAGGAUGGAGUUGUUGAUUUGGAAGAAUACAUCGGUGAUAUGUACAGACCAGAAGAUUAUCCAGAAUUGAACGGAAAGGAACCAGAUUGGGUUCAAUCGGAACGCGAAAUGUUCAAGGAGCACAGAGAUAAGGAUGGUGAUGGAAAAUUGAACCAAGAAGAAAUGCGCGAUUGGAUUAUGCCAGUCGGUUUCGAUCACGCUGAAGCUGAAGCUCGUCACUUGGUUGGAAUUGCUGAUGAUAACAAAGAUGGAAAACUCUCCCUUGAAGAGAUUGUUGCCCAUUAUGAUACUUUCGUCGGAUCGCAAGCCACCGAUUAUGGAGAGCAACUUCAAAAACACGAUCCAGCUGAGCUCUAA